AUCUAGCAUCUCAAUAGAUGAUUUCACAGUUUCGAUCACUAAUCAACACGCCGACGGCGGUGCCACCUUCAACCACUCCAAAACGGGCUGACUUCAGAACAGACAGGCGGCAACGGAACCAAUCCGCUUCUCAAGUUUUCCAUUUCCUCAACGGCGGAGCAAAUUCCACCGCCUACGCCGCGGCGCUCGAGUCCUGCACCUGCCCGGACUUGGGCAAACAACUGCACGCUCACUUGCUAAAAAAUGGAUUUCACGGCCGUGAAUUCGUCGAGGCGAAGCUGCUUCAAAUGUACGGCAAAUGCGGCUGUGUCGACUAUGCAGUGCACGUGUUCGACAGAAUGCCCGACCGAAAUCUGUAUACAUACACAGCGAUUCUCAAUGUGCUUCUCGAUGAUGGGCUGUUUGAGGAAGCCUUGUCGCAUUUCGAGAGGUUGCUUCUUGAGGAUAUCGAGCUGGAGUUUUUCGUUUUCCCUGUUGCUUUUAAGAUUUGUGCUGGCUGUGGCGGGGUUGAGUUGGGGAGGCAGUUGCAGGCGCUAGCGACCAAGGCCGGCGUUCUACAACAUCUCUACGUGGGGAACGCGUUGAUUGACAUGUAUGGGAAAUGCGGGAGCUUGAGCUAUGCCAAGAAGGUUUUCAAUCAUAUGAUGGAAAGGGACUGUGUUUCUUGGAAUUCUAUGGUUACAGCUUGCACUGCUAAUGGGAGGGUUUUGGAAGCAUUGAAGUUGAUGGAGGAUAUGUUGGGGAAAGAAGAAUUGAAUCCGAAUUUCGUUUCAUGGAGUGCUUUGAUUGGUGGAUUUGCUCAGAAUGGGUACGACGAGGAGGCAGUGGAGAUGCUGCACAAGAUGACAGCUGCAGGAUUCGAGCCGAAUGCAAGAAUACUAGCGACUGUUCUCCCUGCUUGUGCUAGGCUGAGGGAGAUGAGGUUAGGGAAGGAGAUGUACGGAUACAUCAUGAGGCGCGGAUUCAUGUCCAGCCCUUACGUUGUCAACGGAUUGAUAGAUCUGUUCCGGAGGUGUGGAGCUAUGGAGAAUGCUCUCAACAUCUUCUCAAAGUGCUCGUUGAGGGACGCGGUGUCAUUCAACACCAUGAUUGCAGGAUACUGCGAGAACAAGGAAAUUAUCAGGGCAAGGGAGCUUUUUGAUAUGAUGGGAUCAAAGGACUUGAUCUCGUGGAACUCCAUGAUCUCGGGUUAUGCAGAUAAUUCAAUGUUUAGUGAGGCUUUGAGUUUACUUAUAGAUUUGAUGAAGCAAGGAGAUAUCAGACCUGAUUCUUUCACCUUAGGCAGUGCUCUUGGUGCUUGCGCAGAGACAGGGUCUCUGAGGCUGGGUAGAUCGAUACAUUCGUACUGUGUCAUCAGAGGGCUGGAGUCGAACCCUUUUGUUGGUGGUGCGCUCGUCAGCAUGUAUUGCCAGAGCCACGAUGUAGAAUCUGCAGAGAAGGUGAUGCAGAAGGUAGAAGAUAGGGAUAUAGUUAUAUGGAAUACUUUGCUCUCUGGCUAUGCUCGUUGCAAUGAGUUGCAGAAUGUACAGAGUGUUAUCCAACGCAUGAGAGAUGAUGGAUUCGAACCGGAUGUGUACGCAUGGAACGGGAUCAUAGCAGGAUGUUUGGAGAAUGGGCGCCAAGAGAUGGCUCUGCAGCUGUUUUCUCAACUGCAGAGUUCAAAUUUGAAAGCUGAUAUCUACACAGUUGGAAUAGCUAUACCGGCCUGCUCGAGGCUCACUAGUGUUGAAAGAGGCAAGCAGGUUCAUGCUUAUGCGAUCAGAUGCGGAUUCGAGAAGGAUUCGUACAUCAGAGCUGCGCUCGUUGACAUGUACGCAAAGUGUGGAGCUAUGGAGUAUGCUGAAUCCGUGCAUGAUGGGAGCCGGAGCCGUGAUCUGGUGACUCAGAACGCCAUGCUGAAUGCAUAUGCGAUGCAUGGAUAUGGCGAGGAAGGGAUAGCUUUCUUCAGAGAGAUGGUGGCUCGUGGCUCGGAACCAGACCAUGUGACAUUCCUGGCAGUUCUGUCUUCGUGUGUGCAUGCCGGUGCAGUGGAGUCUGGGCAGGAGUUCUUUGAUCUGAUGGGGUGUUACAGUGUAGCACCGACGUUGAAGCACUAUACGUGCAUGGUCGACCUACUCGCCCGGGCAGGGAAGCUCGAGCAAGCAUAUGGGAUGGUUGAGAGGAUGCCCUGGGAGGCUGAUCCAGUGAUCUGGGGCGCAUUGCUUGGUGGUUGCAUUAUACACGGGGAUGUCGGUCUGGGUGAGAAGGCAGCACGCGAGCUCAUGAGGUUGGAUCCGGGAAACUCAGGGCACUAUGUAAUGUUGGCGAAUUUGUAUGCUUCAACGGGGAGAUGGAGUGAGCUGAGAGGAAUAAGACAGCAGAUGAAGGACGAAGAGAUGCGUAAGGCACCAGGGUGCAGUUGGAUCGAGGAUAGAGACGAAACUCAUGUGUUUAUGGCAUGGGAUAAAUCACACAAAAGAGGUAGAGAAAUUUAUGACAUGUUGAAUAAUCUAACAGCUCAGAUGAGAUUAAAACAUAUUUAAUGUAAAUCUUAAGGUGCAAACUACAUUUGUAAAAAAACUGUAAAUUGUUUUCUGCUCAGUAAAAGAUCGAUUGAUUCGAGCA